AUGGAGACACAGAAGCAGCCUGGUUUUACAGCUGCACCAGCAGAACGGCCGGUUCCAACCUCUUCUCUUCAGCCUGCACAGGGUCCUCCGGAUCUCAGCCAAGGCAGCGUGAUUCCUCCACGGGAACAAGCGCUGUCCCAGCCUGUGUAUCUAAAAGCCCUCACCAUACCCCUGUACCAGCCCGUCCAGGCAGGAUGCUUUCAGCCAAAUGGUCAGUUAGUGACUGGCAGGAGCUGUGUAAACCUAGACAGCAGUAACAUACCUCUAAUCCUGAACCCAGUCGUUCCUUCGGAAGGCACUGAUCAACCCCAGUCCAUUUUUCAGAAACAACUUGGGCAAACUCUAACACUGAACAUAGUGAGCACUUUACCAGUUUUAUCGUCACCAAAUUCCUGUGUAAACGCAUCUGUUGGAAGCCCAGGGAAAUCAAAAAAAGCUGGGAAGUAUAUCUGCAAACACUGUGGACGAGAUUGUUUGAAGCCAAGUGUCCUUGAGAAACACAUUCGCUCUCACACAGGAGAGAGGCCUUUUCCCUGCACCACUUGUGGUAUUGCAUUUAAAACUCAGAGCAAUCUGUAUAAACACAGAAGAACUCAAACACAUGUCAACAAUACCAGGCUGCCCUCAGACUCCGACAACAGUGGCAUCUUGGAGCAAAAUGAGAAAUCAGCAGAGAGCGUCCUGUCACAUCAAGGCACCAAACUACUUAGCAGUGCUGGUGAAGACAAGGGGCUAGAGAUGAAACAAACGAGUUCAGAGACCAGUGCUCUAACAGACACUAAGAAGCUUCUUAAUGACCUUUCACCACUGGCAACAAGCAAUUCAUCAUCUGCUUCAGAAAAUCAAGAAACAACGAAUCAGUCCUUUAGUUCAAAGGCUAAUCAGCCGGUUCCUGAAAGAGAACCUCAAAGUUUAUCAUCUCCAGGAGCUUUGCCAAAUGGGCAGUGCCAGAGAAAGAAGAUACAAGAGCAAAGAACUCCAACCACCAAUAAGCAUAUUCAGUUGCAAAGGCAGCAAGCAACGUCUUCAGAAAAACAGUGGGACUACAAGCCAUUUGACUGCAAGCUGAAGAAGUGUGAGAGCACGGACUCGGGGUAUCUGUCGCGCUCUGACAGUACAGAACAACAGGUGGCAUCAUCCAGCCCCUUGCACAGUCUCUGUGAACACAGCACAGAGCUGGAGAAUGAAGCCGCCUCCAGCAGCGUGAGGUGUGCCUCCGGAAGCAGCGCACAGCUCGAUGCAGCUGAGAAAGCUACAGCCUUGAUGCUAGAGAAAAAGAGGUUGGAAGAGCACAUUUCAAAACUCAUUUCUCACAACAAAAGCGUGGUGGAUGAUACCCAGUUAGACAACGUUAGGCCCAGAAAAACUGUGCUUUCUAAACAGGGAAGCAUUGAUCUGCCAAUGCCUUACACCUACAAAGACUCUUUCCAUUUUGACAUCAGAACUUGUGAUGUCAAUAGGAAAAAAAAUCUUUCCCUUUGUUCAGCAAAAUCUACCUUUGCACCCUUAGAAAAAUCCAAGCCGAUGUUUUUUCAUUCAGUCCCCACCCAGUUCUCCACCACGAUAGAUGCUGUGCCUGUUACACGGAGCAACUCUUUGCCGUUGGUGGAGGGCGCAAGGGUGGUACAGGACAAAGCAGGUUGCUCAAAACCACUUUCUCUUACUAAGCAGUCUGUAAAUACAGGCUCUGCUGGUUUGCUGCCUAGCAACAAUCUUGCUGCAGAUUCAGUGGAUUUUCCUAAUAGCCAUCCCCGAGCUCUAGUCAGACAAACAGCAGUGGAUGAUUUGCCACUAAGUAAUGUGGUUGAUCAUCCUCCUCCGUCGGAGGAGUUGCAGGGCACUAAAAAGCUCGGGGCUGGAGAAGUAAUCAGUGCUAAAAAUAAGAAACACAAUCAAAGGAAGUUAAAGAUGUUCUCUCAAGAAAAAUGGCAAAUGUAUGGAGAUGAAACGUUUAAGAAAAUCUACCAAAAAAUGAAAAGCGGUCAGAAUGCCAAGAAAAUUAAACAAAGGGGGAAUAAGAUGACAGAUAUUACAAGCCUCACUCCUGAUUCAAAGGAAUCAGUCAGCAGUACUGAAAUUACUGAAGAAAGAGGUGGCAGGAGCUCUGUAAGUGACAGUCUUUCCUCCCUUGUGACAACAGGUUUAAACACUGGUACAUCAGAAACCUGCACUCAGGGUAAUCAUAGUCUAGGGAACGUGUCCUCCGAGGAAACUGCGGACAGUGCAACCUCCGUAAUGGAGACGUCCCAGUCAGCGAACGCUAGAGCUCAUACUGUCACGGGCAAAACUUCCCAAGACCUCAGUGGCAGCAACACAGGUAAAUACACAGGUGGCAACAGCACGUUACCAGCUCCAAGCAGUUGUGAGCUCAGGCUUCCGAAUACUCAGUGUCAGCCGAACACUAACAGAAGGGACGACGACUGCUUGCCAGGACGGAGUAGCACAUGGGAAAAACCAAGCCCUGGGAAAGAAUCCAGUACAGUCGAAUCAGAGUGUAAAAGCACUUCAAACAGUUACGGAAACCACAGGAGGGAUAAGGAAAGUGGCCAGCAUGCCCUGCUGCCCCCAUGGGUCCAUUGCAACAACAGAGAAGCUGCAGGGAAAUCCCAGAAUUUGCCGUCAGAAAGAAAAAAGCUGAAAUUUGAGGUGGAGAAGGCACAAACCAUGGUUUCAGAGUCCUGCCCCAGCAGUGAAAACAGCGCAGUAAAUGCAGCAGAGAAAGUCUCUAGCACUAGCACUAGCACUCAGUGUCUUGCCACGGCACCGGGGAAACUCUCCGGUAGAGCAGAGGAGCAACAAUUAAGCACCGCGAUUAAUGAAUCCACUGGAGGUACUGAGAACGUGGACUAUGUGAAAACAAUCAAAUUCCCCCCCAAAACUCUUAAUUACAGUGAUGUAAACCUUCUUUCACAUUCAGCAGGUGUCUCAAAAGCUUCAGCUGUGGGAUUUUUAGGGCCUGAAUUAAGGGGAAGCGAUUGCAAUUCUUUUGCCUUGCACAGUGCAACAGAUAAAGAUGUCAAAACGUGUCUUGUGAAAACAGGCGCAAAGGUACCACUUUUCAGCGACAGCGCUGUGGAUGCCUCUCCUAAAACUCAUCAUCUACAAUCUGGUCGUUUAACUCCAGUCCCACAACAAAAUGCCUUUACCCCAAAAUACAUCCUUAAAUUGCCGCAAGACAGGAGAGCCUCCGAUUGGUCACUCUGGCUUAGAUCAGAACCGAUCACACCGUGCGCAUCUGUCACAGACUCCUUGACCAACCCCCCCGGCUCCUCCAACAGCGGAUCACUCCUUUCUCAUUCUAAGGAUGCCUUUUGGUCCCCGUUAAGAUUCAAAGUGCGGCAGAAGGCCAGCAAAGGCGAGCUGCGGUGGAACGUACCUGCAGACUGGAGAACUCCCGUGUUUUGUUCACCGCUCAGCUCAGAAACAACAAACGUCUUAACCACAGCUGAUGGCACCUUUUAUAACCAAAACUUCAGGCAGCAGGGUAUUGUAAGAGAUGCUUGGAAAAACAAAUGGGACAAAAAUAAAUUAAAUUACCAAAGGCAAGCGGAAGAGAAGUGGAUGAGCAUAACUGCUUCCUCUGCACAGGCCCCAAAGAAGAAAAUAUGCUUUACUUCUGUGUAUACAAGUGGCUUUUUCCUAUCAGCUGACAUCAGCGAAGAGAGGAAGGUGUUGCAUCACCUUUGCUCAGGAAGUGACUCACUGUUAGUGACGUCAGCUUCCAGCAAGGGUGCAGAGCCAGCAGUCACGGGGUGGGACAGGGGUGGAAGUCCACGCAUUCUUAGGGGCAGUUCAGCACUGCAGGAUGCGCAGCAUUCUCGGACCUCAACAGACAGCCCCACUUAUUUUUGCCAUUCUUUUGGCACUUUUUAUUGCCACACUGUCACAACGCGUUGUAAGGAAUUCCCAGCAUCACCCCACAACAAUCUGACUUGCUACUCUGGGAGUUCAGCGGUACCGAGCCCCAAGAGCACCUUCCCAUCACUGAGUGCUGAGCCUCGAUUAACUUGGUGUUGUUUAACGAGAAGCCUUCCUCUGCCUGCUGAGCAGAGGGGAAGCGCAGACUCUGCCUACUCCUCCAUGCACACCCGUGACAAGGAAUCCAGCAACCAGUGCACGCUGUCGAAAUACGAUAUUUCUGUUUUCCAAAUGAAAAAUAUUGGCAAGACUGUGGCAUAUGGCUUAACCGACAGGAGUUUAAAAACGUUGGUUUCAUCCUUUUCUAAAGGACAACAGAUGCAGGAGUUAAGCUCAGCAGCUCCUGGAGGUGCUGUCAAAAAUACUUCAGAGCAAAAGAAGAAAACAGUAGUCUGCAAAAAGGAAAAACUCUCAACAAAUAAACUCAAGAGGAGCCACAAACAGAAAAAGAUUAAAGUUGCCCCAAAAUGGUACAGCGGGAGGCAUGGGCACGGAUACGCUCAGUUGAAAAUCAACCGACUAAGCAAGCGGCACUCUUUUCCAAACAGAACACCGGAUGCUACGAAAAAGGGCUAUUCAUCACACCCCUCUAAAUUUAGUAAGAAGUGCCACCCUUCUCAAUCAAAGGUACAAGAGAAUUACCUACACCAGCAAAAAGACACAUCUUGUUCCACCUCAAACAAGCUACUUUGCAGAAGGAAAAAAGAAGGAAAGAAUAACUCAGGAAUAUCAUCCCAUACGGAAAAUCUAAACCAUGUUAAACAAAAAGACAAAAUGGAUAAAAAAGACUUUUCUGAGGAAAUCAGAGAACAUCCAAGAACAACCUUCUCGUUUCAGAACAUUACAGCCCCCCUGGAAGUACCUAUGACAGCUCAUUCCUUUUCACCCACAGUGAAUACAGCCACGCAGCAAGUCAGCAGUGAUGUGGACAUCUGUGGUUUGGUGACAGAACCGCUCGUGCUUCAGCCAUCGGUCCCAGGGGAGUCGCCGCCAAACAUUCCGAGUGACUCAAUGCCACCUUCUUUUUGGUGUUGCCCAUCUGAUUUUACAAAUCCAGGCACAGGUGACCAGCGCGACAGCACAAACUCAGAGACUACUGGGCCCCUUUCCUUGCAUCAAGAAGCAAGCCAGGAAAACAUCCCAAGUGCAGAGUCAGAGAGCCCAAGAUUUGGUGCAUCAGACCCGGUGAUCCAGGCUUCAGGAAGGGAGAAACCUCCAGCUGAAGAAAACACACAUUCAUCUCCCACAGAAAGCUCAACUCCCAGUUCCCAGCCUGGCUGCUCACGUUUAUUAGGAUCAAGAGCGGAGUGUCCUCCUGAGUCAGUCGCGAGGGGGAAAUCACCCCGCGUGGAAUACACAGAGCAGGAGAGUUUUUCCCAAGCAGUCCCUGACCCUCAGGGGAGUGCAGACACGAACGGGGUCCGUCUGCAGUCAGACACCUAUGGAAGGCCACACAAACCAGCUACUACCACCUUUAAAAAGCCCCCAGUUACUCUCAGGUCCCCCGAGUUCAAGACUUACGCUGCAGCACCUCCCAAGACGUACAAAAAAAGAGGUUUGGAGAUGAUGAGGAAGCAAACCAGAGUUGAGUAUGAUGACACGAGCAGUGAUGAUGAAGACAGGCUUGUUAUAGAGAUCUAG